AUGACCCGGGAGCAGUAUCUACUCUUGUUGAUAAACUCUUACCUGGUGACCUUGGCCGCAGGGAGUCCCUGUUCCCUCGGACAGGUGGUAGAUCCCGAGAUGGGGGGCAAGCUGCAUUGGAAGUUGGCCACUCGUGACCCUUGCACCUGCAGUCAGAUUCAACUGGGAGGACUCAACACUCAGAUCGUGUGGAGCCAGGCACUGCAGCCAGCAGUUUCUUUCACUGACCAGGAGCCUCCCGUGCACUCCAGUGAUGCCGAAGAUGUAGGCGUGUCCUUUGGCUGUGAUGAAAAAAAUAAAUUACAAGUAAUAACCUAUCAGGUAAGUGAGGCAGAUCCUGUACUGACUUACGAACUGCCCUCCUUGCUAAACUGCCAACUCCUGAUGGAAGAGGGCUACAGCAUCACUGGUGUCUACCGAACAGUGGUACCCAGCUUCGUCGACGACCAACCCGUAGAGUUGUACUGCGACAUGGCGACCGAGCCCGGAGGCUGGACGGUUGUCUUCCGCCUCCAGGACAACUCGGUCAACUUCACCAGACCGCUGGAGGACUACAAUGAGGGUUUUGGGGAUCUGACCGGUGAGUUCUGGCUGGGGAACGAGAGGAUGAGCCGGCUGAUUCAUGGGGUCGAAGACAGUGUGGUGAACUUCCAAUGGGAAAUCCAAGUUGACUUGUGGGGCUCUCCGUACGGAUUGGAAGAGUCCUUGUGUGCACAGCCUACUCUCCACUAUUUUGCCAGAUACAGCUCCGUGUCCAUACAAAGCCAGGAAUACACACUAGUCGUCAGUAAUUACACGGGGACUAGUACUGCUGGCGACUUUCUCAGUUCAUUCAACGGUGGGGCUUUCAGGGUAUUAGAAGGGGGAGCUGGCUGGUGGUACAAGGAGAAUAAACCUGUCUAUCUGCUGACUGCAAAUGAAUGCUACAAUGGGGAGCGUUGCUAUAUGAAAAAUGCUUGGGAAUCAACAGUACUGCAGCGUAUUGCUCGCUUUCCCUGCCUCUGCAAGAGCUUUGAGAGUGCCAACUUUGCCACCAAUGACAAAGGCAGGAUCGUGACUGCACUGCCAGAAUGCGGGAAUUCAUCAUCAGAACCUGAAAUGCCAACCCCCAAACAGAAUGGAAGAGGCUCCUUGGAAAUCUUCCUUCCUAUGUAUGAGGAGCUCGAUCAAAAUCAGCAGUCAGUCUCAACACCACCCAGCACUCCCAAUCCUCAUGGCUCUAGCACACUCAACCCUGGGAGGUACCUUUACUGCCAAGACUUCAACAAUGACGGCAACACUGGAUACGUCUUGACUAGAAUCUACCCCUCUGAUUUACAAGGAACAAAUACUGGUGUCGCUGCCCUCUGUGACAUGGAGAGUGACGGCAGUGGCUGGAUUGUGUUCCAGCGAAGUGGCUACCAGGGCUUAAGUGCACUACAGUGGGAUUUCGAUAAGACCUUCGAGGAAUACAAGAAUGGCUUUGGCAGUCUCCGGGGCAACAACUUUUGGUGGGGCAACGAUCACUUGGCUAACAUUACUCAAGAUGGCCAAUGGGAGCUGCGUGUGGACAUAUGGUGGCAGCAAACCUCUACCCUCGGUCAAGCUGAAGAGUUCAGACGUGCUACAUACGCAUCCUUUGGUGUCUCCGGCCCGGGGUACACCCUCUCUGUGAGCGGAUAUCAGUCCUCAAGCAACCUCUCCGACGUCCUGAGCAAUCUUAACGGCAUGGAAUUCUCAGCCCGGGAUGGAGGACCCCAAGCAACCUGUGCGGAAAUCUCGGGAGGUGGAUGGUGGUUUGAUCAAUGCGUAGACUGGCAGGCUAAUCUGAAUGGCCACACUGCUUGUGUAGGGAAUGACUGCAAUUCAGACAGAGCAUCUUCCAGCAAAAUGAAGGUACGUCGGGUGAACAAAUAA